GGGGCGGCGGUUGCCAUGGCGAGGAGGGUGCUGGUGCCCCUCUGCCUGUGCUGGGCCUUGGGCCCCGCUGCGGCCUCCGCGCCCCCAAACCUCCUCCUCCUCUUCAUGGACGACAUGGGUUGGGGUGAUUUGGGAGCUUUUGGAGAGCCUUCUAAGGAAACUCCUAACUUAGACCAGAUGGCUUCAGAAGGGAUGCUUUUCCUAGAUUUUUAUACUGCCAACCCCCUCUGUUCUCCGUCAAGGGCAGCACUGUUGACAGGCCGUCUCCCAGUGAGGAAUGGUUUUUACACCACAAAUGCACAUGCCAGAAACGCAUACACACCACAGGAUAUAGUAGGAGGAAUUGCAGAUUCUGAAUUACUGCUUCCAGAGUUGCUGAAGAAAGCUGGCUACAUCAAUAAGAUCAUUGGCAAAUGGCAUCUGGGUCACAGGCCCCAGUUCCACCCCCUGAAGCAUGGGUUUGAUGAAUGGUUCGGGUCCCCAAACUGCCAUUUUGGACCUUUUGAUAACAGAGCGCUCCCCAAUAUCCCUGUGUAUAGGGACUGGGAAAUGAUUGGCAGGUAUUAUGAAGAUUUCAAAAUUGAUCGGAAGACAGGUGAAGCCAACUUGACUCAGAUCUACCUGCAGGAAGCUCUCGAUUUUAUUAGCAAGCAGCAGGGCAGCCAGCAGCCAUUCUUUUUAUACUGGGCAAUUGAUGCUACCCAUGCUCCUGUUUAUGCCUCCAAACAGUUCCUGGGCACUAGUCAGAGAGGACUAUAUGGGGAUGCUGUGCGAGAAAUUGAUGAUAGCAUUGGAAAAAUCCUAAAACAUCUUCAGAAGCUGGGUAUCAGCGAGAAGACUUUUGUGUUUUUCACUUCUGAUAAUGGGGCUGCUCUCGUUUCAGCUCCUAAACAAGGAGGAAGCAAUGGUCGUUUUCUGUGUGGUAAACAAACCACCUUUGAAGGUGGCAUGAGAGAGCCGGCUAUUGCUUGGUGGCCUGGACAUAUACCUGCAGGAGGGGUCAGUCAUCAGCUGGGCAGUGUGAUGGAUCUCUUCACCACCAGCCUCUCCCUGGCGGGACUGCAGCCUCCCAGUGACAGGCAGAUUGACGGCAUCGACCUUUUACCUGCCAUCUUGCAGGGCAAGCUAAUUGACAGGCCCAUAUUCUAUUAUCGUGGCAACGAGAUGAUGGCGGUGAGAGUCGGGCUUUACAAGGCUCACUACUGGACCUGGAGCAACUCCUGGGAGGAAUACAGCAAGGGCAUUGAUUUCUGUCCUGGGCAGAAUGUCUCUGGAGUGACAACACACACGCUGGAGGAGCACACUACCCUGCCGCUGCUUUUCCACCUGGGGAUGGACCCUGGAGAGAAGUACCCAUUAAGUUUUCCCAGCGAUGAAUACCAAAGGGCUAUGGAGCGAAUAUCUGUCGUUGUCCAGCAGCACAAAGCAACCAUGGUGCCAGGGGAGCCACAGCUUAACGUGUGCGACAAGGCCGUCAUGAAUUGGUCUCCUCCAGGCUGUGAGAAGCUAGGGAAGUGCCUGAAACCGCCCAAGUCUGAUCCUAAGAAGUGCUUUUGGCCUCAUUGAUCUUCUCUGCAGCCCUCAAGAGCUACACAGAAAAGCUAUAACCAGCUGGACAUACAGUUUACAAAGCAUGUCUUUUCACGUUGGCACUCCUGUUUACACAGGAAGGGUGUGAUGUAUGUAUGAUAUCAUCAUUUGCUCUUCCAAAAGGGCCAGUGUUUAUAUUGCUAGUGCUCAGGGUUUAGCCUGUACUCUUGUGUUGUUCUGGUUGUUUCCGUAAAUGGUAACUUUUCAGUGAAGACUGUUUCAACUGUAAAAGCUCUCUGGACAACCACAACUCUGCCAUCACCUCAGAAAUGCCAUGGAUGCACCUUUCCUCUUGCUUCUUCCACCCAACCUGCUCUCUCAAAUCAUUUUUCGUUCGGAUGCCCCUACAGCAGCCAUGAGGGACUGUUCAGGAAACUCACAACUGCCAGAAAACCCUGCCCAAACUGCCCUUGUUUUGUUUGCCUGUAACUUGUUGGUUUAACAUUUGAUUUCCAUUGUGAACUCUGGACACCAACUUGUCUUUCCUUUCUCUCUAAACUUGUGAGUACCGGGUGCAGCUGUACAGCCUAGACUGCUGCUGUGCAUCGCUGGGUGCAAACAAGUGCUACCUCCCGUUCCCGACUAAGGGGUUGGCUCCAGGGAGAACACCCUGCCUGCCUUCCAUCUGUAGCUGCAAACAUUCCCUAGGUAACGGUAUAAAGAAAUUUGAAGAUGGUGUUCAUGUAAGUAUUGCCUUAUUGAUGGUGGGCAGGAUGUUCUUGUGGAGCUGGGGGUCAGUUGUUCAUUUCAGGGGUUUUCUUUGUUUCAAAAAAUCUGGGUCCAAAUAUGGUUUAAGUCACGCUUCUAGUCUCAUGAUCUGGGUCCAGCCAACUGCAGGCUCAGAAAUGCCCAUUUACAUCAGAUGUUAACUCUUGACCCUGUUUCCAGUGUACGCUCUCUGAGGAAUUCUCCUUGUGCAAACUUUCCACAGCCUGGGUGUAGCACUUCUCUAAACAGAGUUCAUGGUAAAUGCUGGUCCUUUGCACAAAUUCCACAUUGCAGAUUUCUCAUCUGCUUUUGAGCCUGUUUCACACCCUUCGCUAUUGCUAAUUAAACGUGUCUCGAACAAAACUGCACAAGGUUACUCUGGGGCUUCGGGGGAGUAGUUAGAAGCAACCUUGAACAUGCUGUUUGCACCACUGACAGCUCCACUUCCACCCCGCCAGUGUUUUGUACAAUACACGUGCCCUCUCCGUAUGGCGUUGGGCUGCCUUGGGAAAAAUUGAGGUGCUCUGUACCUGUAAAGAGCCCUACUUGCUUCCCAAGCAAAGCUUGGGGCUGGCUUGAGAUGGGUUGAGAGCCCUGCUUUUCUGGUAACUGCUGUGCUACUGCCUGCUACGGGCUUCUCAGCUGCUUGUUCUUACCCUCCCUGUAAUCCCAAAUGCUCUCAUUCUCUCCAUUCCCGUGGUUUAUGCUACCUGUAAUCCCCUCCACAGUAUUUCCUACUGUAUAUCUCAUGAAGCUGGAUAAUCCUAUAAGAUUGUAAUAAGAACAGCACUUGAGUCGGCUCUUACUGUUCCACCUAUCAGAAAUCACAGCCAACAUUUCAUCGGCUAGCAGAGCCUCUGAAUCUCUGCGCAUCUACAAAUGGCAUUUGUUUAUAGUCCAAAUUUCUUAAUUGCCUUAUGAUGUUCCCAGUUGUCCUUCAAGUGUAUCAAGGCAUUUCCAGUUCAUCCAUAACGUUUCUCCUUGUUUUGAUAUAGUGCGGAUAGCUCAAGUCUUGGGAGAUUCUGAUCAGUCUAUUCUUCAGUGAUGCUGUAUGAGAAGGACUGGUAGGAGGACUUGCAGCAGUCGUGUGCAUCUGGCAGCACAGGAGACCAGACAAAACCAGUAACUUCCCAUUUUCUGGGGGCUGUCCACAUCUGCUAUAGCGCUUUAGCGCUUGUGUCACCCCAAAGUGUUCAGGACCCUGCAGUUCAUUAUUAUCAGCAGAUGAAGGUACCACCAGAGGAGGGAGUCUGUCACUGCAACUCCCUGAAAAUCCCUGUCAGCCCUCAAAUAGUUAUGAAUGUAUCUGCUGCAAUAGUAACAGUGCUUUGUCUUUCUACGUGCUGCUUAUUAAGAGAUUGCAUCGCAGGAUCGCAGCUCAUCGUCUGAGCACUAGCCCAGACAUGUUUCUUGGUUCUUAGCAUUUGCAGUAUGCACAUCGUGAGCGUACUGGGUGCCUGCUACCCUGCGUCCCCUACCUGUCUGGCUGCCACUUUGUUCUUUACUCUUUCACAGCUUGCAGUUUUGAAGAUAACUGCUUUUCCCCUGCCUGUGUAACUUGCUUGGACAAGCCAUCCUGUUCUCAGCAUGCAUGGUGUUUGUCUGGUUACCCAGCACACAAAGUCCUCAUUCCUCAUUGAAAUAAUCUCUCCGUGCAUAGAUACUGGAUGUAAACUUUGCACUAGAAAGCUGGCUGCUAUAAGUGAAUUGACUUGACGUCUGUUUAUUAUUUGCUUCAUGUCCGUUUAUUGUAAAAGAUCAAAGCUUAAUGUGAAGAAGCUACUGCUCUAAAUUUAAAUAAGAAUAGUAGUUUUACAGCUGGAUAGCUAGGAAGAAUUUUAAAUCAAUGCCUUUCCCAAAGAUGUACAGGUUUUAAAGUUGCGAGAUGAAGAAAUAAUGAAUCAAAAAUAAACUAUCAGAAAUGCAUUAUAUGAUUUGUCUGUGCGCACCUGUAAAACAACUAAGUAACACCUUGCUUUGGGACAGUCUCACAGAUACGCCUUCCAGAUCAUGGGACUGGCUUGGGUUAAAAAUAGCUUGUUUUGUUUUCCCUGUAUUAUUUUUAACGUGGAUCAAUUUCCCAGCCCACGCAGCUGCCCAAGUACAAUUCAGAGGCUGGUGUGGGGACCAGGGGCAUACGUGGCCUGAGGCUGCAUCCACCAGCACAGCCGCAGGGAUGUGUGGGGCAGCUCAAAAACACCAAUACGUGCCGUGGAUCACAAAGCGGCCACCACGUAUUGCCACGUCUGCCCUUAAUCAUUAUCCUGAGCCUCUGAUCUGAAGUUGGUCUGUGUGAUAGUUGCCCAGUUCUGGGAACUGCCCGUACUGGGGCAGGUGUUGGCUUUGCAGGAGCUGCCUGUGGGACCUGCCUGGGGUUGUGUGUGCAAUAGCGGUCGACAGAGGAGUGGGUCUGGUGGGGUUUACUGGCCGCCAGUCAGGGACCUGCAGCAGUGAAGCGGGCUUGUUGGUAGCUUCUUUUCUCAAGCUGCAAGACAUAAGAGCUAAAGGAAAGAUGAUGUCUUCCUAAGACUGCUUCUAUGUGAUGUUCCUUUCUUUAUAUUUAAAUACAUCUGCUAAAUGCUAAAAGCUUAAUAUCUGCUUGGGCUAAGAGUCCAAGGAAUUUCUUUCUUGCCUUUAAUUUCCAAUUAGCUGAGCCUCUCGAGUCCCCCUGCUCUGCCCCUGAGGCUGUGUUAUCAUCCAACCCUCCAUGCAGAGAAGCUUCUGAAAUUGAUGUAGCUAAUAAUCGUGGAAAAAGUCCUACUGCAUUUACAGUCUACGGCUGCAGAAAUGGAGCCUUGAUUUAAAAUCCUGCAGCGACAAAUGGAUUAUUUCGGUGGCAAAUUAGUCUCUGAGGACCAACAAUUUGGGGAUCUGAACACUGGAAUUGGAAACCAGAAGAUCAAUUCCGAACACUUAGAGCCAAGGUUAAUGCCCUGCAAACUGUAUUGAGUGCAAUGAUGGAAGAUAACAUGCCUCUGCAUUUUAAAUGGGAAGCCGAGGAACACAGUAUAAAAUGUAAAAAUGGGCACGUUUGGAACAGAACGAGAGCGAGCGAUACACACAUAUUUGCUAAUAAAACGUUAUGUGGUGUCUGGGGACUGAGUUUUCAGGCAAGUGCUGAGGAUGACAGUGGGCUUUUACUAAAGGAACGGAAACUAAUAUCGCCGAGAAGGAGCCUGUUGAACUUGGGACACUUGCUGCCACGUGGAAGCUGGCAGUUCUCGGUACCUGCUGAGUCGAGCCUUUCCCGAACGUGGUGGACAGCUUCCAGAAGCCUCCUGGUUUCACAUAAAGUGAAGCAGACAAGAUGAGGAUCUCCCGAAGGUGGGUGAAUACUCUUUAUUCCAGUGAGGACAUUCUUGCAGUCACCAUGCAAAAUAAUUUCAGCAGCUGAAGAAAGACCUUUUGAAGGUGAGAAUGGUUUGAAUUGGGGCUUUGGGGGGAAGGCAGUACUGGGAGGCAGUUUAUUGUCUGCAGAGUUGCCAGCAGCCUCUUCAGCACAGCUAGAUGAGAAACCUCUCCCCAGGGAUCUUGCUGUUGUCCUCACCACUGGGAAACUUUACAAACUACAUGCACUCUCCAAGAGUUACUCUUGAGUGCUUGUUCAGUAUCCAAAUAACUGUUCUGUAGUUAAAGUGGCUUGUUUUCCAUUUCUCUUCACAGUUACAAUACUUGGAAAUAGACUUUUGCUUUUGUUUUCUGGUAGUAUUUGAUGUGAGUUUUUCAUAUGUUAUCAGAAAGUGACACGGCAGUGCCUCUUGAAUUAAACUGUUAGUUUUUAAAAACAGUUGUAAGGGAAGAACUGAAAUCCCAUUUUAGGUUCUUUCUUCCUUUGGAAAAUAGCUAUUUUAAACACCGAGAAAAGAGUCCAUUUGCCUUUUUUCUUUAUAUCCCCUUCCACCGUUUAUAGUUUUGUUGUUGCUCGAAGUCUAGUUCGGAUUAUAUAAAUCCUAAAUAAAGGUGGAUCCCUAGCCAAAAGGCUGUCGUCUCUUAGGAGUGAAAAAAAACCUCUGCCAUCCAACUUCGAGAGAGAGCCAAUCUGGCAGCUCUCUACACCUUUGUCCCUCCUGAAGUCACUUAAUACCCUUCUGGGCGAUACGUAGGUUGGUAGCACGAUUCCCAUCUGAAAGGGAUAGGGGCUGAAAAACCCGCCAGCCCCUUCGCCAGCAGCAAGGAAUGCGUGCCAAAUCCAUUAGUUCUGGAUCGGGCUCAAAAUCCCCUCCCGGCUCGGCCAAGCUGGCCAGAGGAGAGAAAGAGAGAGGGGGUUUGUGUCUUCUCCAAGGGCCUGAUCCAACCUGCUGCAGCGGGCAGGAGGUGCUGGGUUCAGCUCCGUGCAAACAAGGAUGCUGUGGAAGGGCAGAGCUGGUUCACCGUGCUUUCGCCUCUUUUAGGGGGGGACAACGCUAGCUCGUUAUUCAGUACGGAUGCUUCGGUCCUGAGCCCAGGGAGCUGGCCGGAGAACUGCAUUCUUCUGCUGUUGAAAUAAGAUAUUUCAAAUUUGUUUUUUAAAAAAAAUGGGUUUAAAGUGCAUGCGUUUCUAAAGCCGAAAUUGAAACGAAAUGUUCCAGCAGAUUUGAAAGGAAAUUUUAGUUCUCAUUUCCCCUUGUGGGGUGUGUUGAAAUUUUGGGCAUUUUGUUCCACUUCACGCUGAAGUUUUAAACUCCUUAACGGAACAGAAACUUCCAUACUUGGCACAGCUCUUCUAAUUGCCUGCUUAAGCUGAUUAGAGUUAGCUCUCAAGCUUUUAUACCCCCAGUUUCUAUGUUCACCGGCUAAUAACAUCUCUCAUAUCAGGAUCUCAAAGCACUUUUAAAUCACUGAUCACCUCUGUGUCCAAAAGAGAGGCAAAGCCAGUGUCCCCCUGCACAGAACAGCCCUAAACCUCUCCGAGCUGCAAGCGGAUGUUGAGACACCUCCCCAGCGAUAUUCCAGAGCCGAAGUCCUUUGACAUCACAUUUGGAAAUUGGUCCUAGGAAAGUUCUUUUCCGAUGGAAAUUGCAGCAGGAGUCAGCACUGUUGUUUGAAAGAUUGAACAAUUACAGGGAAAGCUAAUUUACUUUGGACGUUAAAAACCAGUCUGUACUGGUAGGUGCAAUUCAUAUCCUUUGAAAGGGAGGAUUAGUGAGGUGAAGUUCUGACAGAGAUUUGAGAAAUGUUGUUUUUAAACCUGAGCUGGCAUGUGGCAUUAUUUCUGGCAGCUGAAUCAUUGGAAGUCCGAUUUGGUAUAACCUUUAUGUUCUUCCUGGCAGAACUGAUGGUGUUUGAGAGGCCUGAUCCUGCAUCAGAGGAGGAAAGAUCCCCCCAGCUGCUUCUUCACCCAGCUGCUGGAUGCGAAGGGACCGGUGGGAGCCCUCGGCAGCUCGUGCUGCGAUAUCAGCCCUUUGCUGAAGGAUCCUGCAGCUUUCAGGGCUUUGCUUGAUCUUCUGGAAGAUCAUUUGAGGGCGUCUUUCC